AUGAAGUGACCUGUGGCAGCCUUAGGCUUUUCCUUGAGUCACUGGAAAUGUGGCCCCAUUAUUGACUGCUGUCCGCACCAGGCUGCAUCCAAGGAAGUGCCCUGGAGCUCAGGAGCCUCCUGCCUGCACCUGGAGUUUCUCCUCCUCAGACGGACUAUAUCUUGUGUCCGGGUGUUGUUCUGACUCCCUUGAUCAUCUACUUUAAAAUCAGGGCGAGCGCUGUAAACCCAGCUCUAGCUGCUCCAAGGUCAUGUUGUCCGAUUCCUCCAUCCCCUGAGUGGCAGCUGUUGGUCCUUCUUUUUGGCACACGUUCCCUGCAGUGUCUGUGAGCCAGCGCCUCAGCGCCAGGGUUUCUGUGGGGACUGCGGGUGUUCCUCUGAGACACAGCAGCUCAGAGCUGGGUGAUGUCCCAAGUUAUCUGAGGGACCUUGUUUUAGAGGAGGAGCCUGAAGCAUGGUGCGUGCGUGUGUGCGUGUUGUAUGCACGUGCGUGUGUAGAUGCUCGUGUGAGGAGGGGUCCUGCCACUUGCAAGUAGGGUGCACGCAUGCAGGUCAGAGUGAGUGGGUUUGAGCACAGCCUAGAGUUGGUACAGUGGCUUCCCAGUGCUUUUUCAUCUUUGGUGCCAUGUGUGCUGCACUGACUCCUCCCAGGGCCUGUGGAAUUUUCCAGUUUCAGGGGAGCAUCUGUGGUGUUUGCUGAGAGUACAGUGUGUAUGCACAGAAGCCUCUUCAUGCUGCUCCUCCAGGGACUCAACCUCCGGCUGUCUUCCGAUAGAGGCCCAUGCUCAGGGGCACUCAGCUGCACGCUGGCCCAGGCACCCCUGGGGGCAUGUGGGACCCUUCGUACUCCAUCACCACAGGCUUAGUGCGUUAUAUUUUAAUUGCCUGCCAGUUUGUCUGUCUGGGUCCUCCUCUCCUCCCCCCACACCCCCCAGACUGUGAGUUCAGUGAGGGCGGAGAGUGUUUCUUUCUUGUUGUCCUCCAGGGCCUGGCACAUGCCCAGAGAAUGCUUUUGUUGGAGUGGCCCAUGAGGGAGGAGUGUGUGGCGGUUGGCAAGCCCACUACCCACUGGGGCUCCAUGGGCUGCCCUUGGCCACAGCCCAAGAACACUGCCACUCCAGCAACAAAUGCAGGUUCUGCCCAACACACCACGGCUCGAGAAGCAAAACUUCUCACAGAAGCCGGUUCCUCCUCAGGGCAAGGAUGCUCUCACCCUCCCCUGUCUCUCCUCUCACAUCAGCAUGCUCUCUUAUUCUUUCCACCAAUGUCCUGGUUUGCUUUUCCUAUGGUGUCUCCCCCGCCAGCUCGCAGGCUCCAGGAGGGCAAGGUCUGUGCCAAGGGCAGCACAGGCCCUCGUACUUCCUCCCCCUGGGUCUCCCCACAGGUGUUUGGCUUCUUCAAGGGCAUGUCCUUCCCCCUCGCCAGCAUCGCCGUCUACAACUCAGUGGUGUUCGGGGUCUUCAGCAACACACAGAGGUUCCUCAGCCACCACCGGUGCCGGGAGCCCGAGGCCAGCCCACCCCGCGUGCUGUCUGACCUGCUCCUGGCCAGCAUGGUGGCCGGCGUGGUCUCUGUCGGGCUGGGCGCGCCCGUGGACCUCAUCAAGAUCCGACUGCAGAUGCAAACACAGCCAUUUCAGGAAGCCAACCUCAGUGUGAAGCCCAGGGUGGCAGCUCUUGGAGAGCAGCCAGCCUACCAGGGGCCUGUGCAUUGCAUCACAACCAUCGUGCGGACUGAAGGCCUGACGGGGCUGUACCGGGGCGCCAGUGCCAUGCUGCUGAGGGAUGUGCCGGGCUACUGCCUCUACUUCAUCCCCUAUGUGUUCCUGAGUGACUGGAUCACGCCUGAGGCCCACACAAGCCCUAGCCCCUGUGCUGUGUGGCUGGCGGGCGGCAUGGCAGGAGCAAUUUCUUGGGGGACAGCAACUCCUAUGGAUGUCAUGAAGAGUCGACUGCAAGCUGAUGGGGUUUACCUAAACAAAUACAAAGGUGUCCUGGACUGUAUCUCCCAGAGUUACCAGAAGGAAGGUCUUAAAGUGUUUUUCAGAGGCAUCACGGUCAACGCUGUGCGGGGCUUCCCCAUGAGCGCGGCCAUGUUCCUGGGCUACGAGCUCUCGCUGCAGGCCAUCCGCGGGGACCACGUGGCGACCAGCCCCUGAGCGCCAGAGCCAGCAUCAACUGACCAGGGCCUUAUUCCGCUACAGCUGAUACUGAUGGCUGCAUCUCUAGAACCUGCGGUAGUGAAUUUACUAAAGAGAAAGAAGACCUCCCUGCCAACCCUCAGAGUCCCUUCCUUCAAAACUGCAAGCACUCUUCCUUACCUCUGGGCUGGGGCCGUGGAGCUCCUGCCUUGGAAGGACCUCUGAUUCAUGACCAUCUAUUUCUGAUCCUCACUGGCACCUGAUAUCAAGCAGGAUUAAAUGGACCCUGCCCCCACGACUGCUGUAAACUCACUGGGAAUUCACCAAGGAGCUGGAGUUGUCUCUAAGUUUCCAAAUAAAAACAUUUCUGUA